UCAGCAGGGUCCAAUCAGGCCAGGCGUUUGGCACCAGAUUUUCUACAGACAUAUUUUUCGCCCAGCAAAAAAUGGUCAAGAUCGCACUACAGCUUCGAGCUAACUUGGAGAACGUUGCAAACUUCAAGCCAUGCCCUGACUGCGUGUGGCACCUCCGACUGAAAUGCAUGAAUUGUGGCGAACAAACCAGCGCCUGGCAAACUGUUGAGGCCGCCAACCGAUCUCCUAUGAAAGGUAGUCGCGGCGAUGCCAAUUUAGUUCUGAAAUGCAAGUUGUGCAGCCGAGAGAAUAGUAUGGAUGUCCUCAACGAGAAGAUACAGGCGUACGAUGCUGAGAGCUCGUCGCAGUUUGUCACAGUUAUCGUCUUCGAAUGCCGCGGCGUGGAGCCGGUCGCUUUCGACGCCAGGGAUGGAUUCACCGCUACAGCUGCUGAAAGUGGAACCAUUUUUGACGAAGUGAAGUUCGAGAGCAGGGAGUGGGCCGACUACGACGAACAAGGGAAGCAGGCCGUUGGAAUCUACGACCUGGAGCAUAAGUUCAUCAAGGUGAAGUAGGUUGCGCAUUUGCCCGUGCACCUUAGGGGAAUGCUUGUGCAGUCCUCCGGCACGAAGCAAGAGACGCCGGCAAUGGGCCCGAGAGACGUUUGGCCAAGUUCGAGACUGAAACUGCGUGUGUGCCUUUGUGUGCUUUACUUUUUUUCUUUUAUCGCUUUUCUGAGAGUCUGUCAGCCGAGAAGUCACAAGUGGUGGAUAACUUUUUACACGCACAAAGUUGUGCCUAGUAAAAUUACUUGUUACU